AUGUGGUCCAAUGGCCUUCCGACGCGCCUCACUUCUGACUUCGCCCCGUGUCCGAAGCGUUGGACCAAUCUGGUUCCGAUGCGUGUCAUCCGAGCCUCGCUGAUGACUCCUCCGGAUCCGAGCCUCGCUCCAGCUGUCGCGUUUACCGAGAGCAUGGCAGACGAUGGAUCAUGGAGGGAAGCUUCCUCAUCAGAGGAGGAGCGUGCGGUACUUGAUGACUUAGACCCUGUAGAUACCCCAGAGACGGAGGAUGGUGAUGACACAGAGCCAGAUUAUACUCCCGCUGAGCACCCUUUAGAGCCAACCCUUUCACCAGAUUGCACACUGGCUGGGAUAAAGCUUCUUCAUUCCAAGUACGAGCAUGAAGAGGACGAGGAGGAAACUUCCACUCCACGGGAGACCUCACCACCCCGCCCCACUCCUUCACACUGA